CGGCAAGCAAGUGCAUGGUUUAUAUUACUGGUACAGACAGUGGUGCUGGACGGCAAUACUUUAGCAAAAUUUAGGUUUUUCUGAAGUUCCUUUUCAUAGAAGACGCGUAUCUUUUUGGACGUUUUGCGAGGCAGAACGAAGGACCAUUAUUUUGUGCCACACGGAACUUGGAGUUGAAGCACAAGUUAAAUCAAUUAGCUAAACUAAAGUAACGUUAGCAACAAGUAACAACACAUGCGCAUGAGACGGUGUUAUAAACGCGCAGAACAUGUUCAAAAACACAUUUCAAAGUGGAUUCCUAUCGAUCUUGUAUAGCAUUGGGAGCAAACCUCUUCAGAUAUGGGAUAAAAAGGUAAGCAACGAUUUACACAAGUUUACGGAGGAAUUUGCUUGCUAGUUUGCUAAUUUGACAAGGCUAGCUACAGUAGGUAACGUUAGCUAAAGCUCUAUUGCAGGGCUUGGUAUGGUGCUAAGCUCCAGAGAGCAAGGAGCUAACUUUAGCCAUAUAGCUAGCUAAAUAACCAGUUUGCGCAUGACAAUGCAGUAGAAAUCUAGAAGCUAGCUAUUAGUAGCUAGCUGAUUUGUGGUCCUGAUAAACUGUCCUGUGUCUAGCUAGCACUAGGUCAUUUCAUGCUGUAAGAUUGGUUUUAGCUCAAAUUUGACAGCUACUGUGUUGUCAUUGUACUCCUCGUGCCACUGUCAUAAUCAAGCCUUAGCUAGCUAACUAACGUCAGUUUAUUAGCUAGGUUAGAUACCCAUUAGUUAAUCAGGGUUUGCCUAAUCGUCCUGGGUUCACAUUCAAUAAAACACAUUUCUUAAAAGUAGAAGUACACGCGAGUUUACCCAUUUCAAAAUGUUGUUAUAGGUCAGGAACGGCCACAUAAAGCGGAUUACAGACAAUGACAUCCAGUCGCUGGUGCUUGAAGUGGAGGGAACAAAUGUCAGGUAAGCUUGUUCCAUGUUCACUAGCCUGUUUUGUCACUUCCUCAGGCAACCACAUCUAACUAUUUGUCCUCAAAUUCAACAGCACAACCUACAUAACAUGUCCGGCAGACCCAAAGAAGACACUUGGCAUCAAACUACCAUUCUUGGUUAUGAUCAUAAAGAACUUGAAGAAGUAUUUCACCUUUGAAGUCCAGGUAGGUUAUCAUCCAAGUCAACAAUCAGAUCCAUUGUGUGUAUAUAUAUAUAUAUAUAUAUAUAUAUAUAUAUAUAUAUAUAUAUAUAUAUAUAUAUAUAUAUAUAUAUAUAUAUAUAUAUAUAUAUAUAUACAAAGAAAGCUAUACGUUAUUGUAAUUUUUUUUAAAGCAAUUCCUUAUAGACAACAAUGUCUGACACUAUAGGGCUAACCCGUUCUGCGCUGGCUCGGUUAAAGGUUGUUCUAUUUAUAUUAUUAUUUACAGUACGGUUCCAGCUAUUAUGGUGGAUGCGUAACCAGGCCAGUCCAGUACAGCUCGCUUCGGUUUGGCUUAGUGGUGUGAAAAGGGUACAAGUGAUCAGUUUGACUGAGCUCUCCCUUUCCAAUCUCAGGUGUUGGAUGACAAGAAUGUGAGGAGGAGGUUCCGGGCCAGUAACUACCAGAGCACCACGCGGGUAAAGCCCUUCAUUUGCACCAUGCCCAUGAGGCUGGAUGACGGCUGGAACCAGAUCCAGUUCAACCUGUCCGACUUCACACGGCGGGCCUACGGCACCAACUACAUCGAGACACUCCGUGUACAGGUCAGUCAGAAAGGCUCAUGGACCAGGGUCAUGGUCCAAGAUACAUUAUACAGAUCUCUUACCUAGCCUGGUCCCAGAUAGGUUUGUGCUGCAUUGCCAACUCUUAUGGUCAUUGUCAUGCCAAGUUUGGUGACCAUAGGAGUUGGCAAGACGGCACAAACAGACCUGGGACCAGGCUAUCUCUUAUGUCAAACUUUUAAAUAUCAGUUAGGCUAUGUUUGGGACAAGAUUAAAUGGCACAUUGCAAUACCUUGCCUGUAUUUUUGUUCCAGAUCCAUGCAAACUGCCGCAUCCGGAGAGUGUAUUUCUCUGACAGACUGUACUCAGAAGAUGAGCUCCCUGCAGAGUUCAAACUGUAUUUACCCGUACAGAACAAAUCAAAG